CAACACUUUCAUCAUGUACAAGGUUUCGAUCAUCUGCUGCCUGCUGUUGGGCCUGUUCCUGGCCCUCAGCUCCGCCUACAAUGGCCAGGACAUCUAUGCCGAGCCCAAUUGCGCCAUUGUCGAGGAUCACGCUCGCAAGUUCCGCGACAUCUCGGACCCCACCCACUACUGGGUGUGCCCCGAGGGUCAGGAGAAGGCCGACUACAUCCAGUGCCCGGACAACUACGCCUUCAUGGAGCAGCAGCAGAACUGCGUCGUCUGGGAGGAGUGGAAGUGGGUCGAGCCCUACACCAAAUAAACAGCCAACUUUCGCACGCUCGCUGAACGUCUAAGCCGUUUAUGUUUCCUUUCUGCCGCCAAGUUUUGAUUGGAUUCGAUUGGAUUUACGGCUCAGUGGUGGUGGUUGGAUCAGUGGUGGUGCAAAUAAAUUAAUUAUGUGUCCUGGCACACAGUCAAACAA